AUGGACCUUAUUGUCCGAAGAGUACUCCGAGAGAAUCAUGUCCACGUGUUGGCAAGCAAUAAGGAGAGAUUGUACUUGUCUCGCGGGCAGCUAGGACGUGGACUGAGUAACAUCGUACACUUAAGUGAGCGAAUUCUUACUAAGAUGCACGACACCUUGUGGAGUGGGUCGAGUGUAUCCCAAAGGAAGGCUGCCAUCCUUGCUGCUGAAAAAGCGCGUGGUACACACCUAGGGACCAUAAAAGGCUAUGUGUCGGCUAAGUAUGGUCUAGGUGCUACCCAAGUUAAUGUGAAGGAGUUGAUCAAACUUCAAAAGGAGUCUUUAAUUAAAAAGAUCAACUUAAAAGUCCUUCACAAGACUCUCUUUAGCAGCCUGGACAACCCGCACAUUGACGUAUCGUCGUCAUCUACGUGGCUGAAAUAUGGGAAUAACUCUCCCCGAUCAGAAGGGUUGUUCUCAUAUUUGCAGGAUAGAAACUUUUUUAAUGGUCAACGGAAACAGUGUAACCACUGUAAGAGUAAGGCAAUGACCGUUGACCAUUUAGCCACGAAGUGCGGGAGUAUGCUUUACCAUGAUUACACAUGGAGGCAUAACGAGGUGGUGAGGUCCCUCCAUCUUUUGCUCUGCAAUAAGUACGGCUUGAGGCGGUCCAGAAAGUUGCGAACCCAUCGAGUUCAAUCGGUGUGUGAGAACUCGCGGGUGUGCAUUAAGGUGGAUACCCCCAUACGCACCUCGAUUGUUGUCCAGCACAACAGACCCGACAUUGUGGUCCACGAUAAGGGGAGAUUGUUAUCGUGGAGGUGGGCAUCACGUGCCUAG